GCACCCAACAACUGGGACACUGCAUGGUUGACAUGAAGGAGCUGAGUGCCAACCCUGAAGGACUGACCGCUGCCGGUGUUAUUCUAACACCCAAGCUGCCUCAGGUGGAGUUCAGCCUUGCCUGUAAUGAUCUGGUGGCCUCAGGCAGAGACAGGAAGCCCAAUGCUUUGGUCCAGGUGGCUGUCAUAGAUCCCCACAAGCAGCACCUCGUCUCUCAUGCCUGCACAGAGAUAGUGGAGGCGAACAAAGACCCGCUGUUUCUGACGGGGGUGACCUUCCCUUCAGAGUAUCCUGCUAGCCCGGAGACACUAGUCAAGCUAACUGUGUAUGAUGCAAAGGACAAGGCCCAGGAAUCAAGCAGCUUCCUGGGCAGUGCCACAUUUUCAGUAGGCGAUCUGCUGAGGGCUAAAGAUGAACGACUGACCUUGAGUCUCAGGUCAUCUGAUGGUGUGUGCACAGCAGGAACAGUGGUGGUGAGCCGUCUGAAGAUGGGGGAGAUGGAGGAAGUUGACGUUGACCACAUCACCACCGACAUACCGUCACACAAGUGUCCCUUGGUUUGUGAGUCUGCGUCCCAUGCCUGCAUCGACAGAGAAAAUAACCCACUCACAGGGCCAGUGUUCAAGAACCCGAUAUGCAAGGUGUACAGAUUUCAAACCGUGGACAGCAAGUGGAUGCUUGUGCGGGAACAAAUGGAGGAGUGCACGUUGUCCUUUAGCAUCCCCAAACAGCUGCUCUCGCUGUAUAUUCAGGAGGACAUGAGCAGGGUGCAGGACCUGAGGGAGCUGGGGGAGCUUUCUCCUCACUGGGACAACUUAAGGAAAGAGGUGAUGACACGAUACGGAGGAAUCAUCAGCUCCUACCAGGAGACUCUGGCUGAACUGGACAAGAUUACUGGUCGUUCGUUCAAGCCAAGCUGCUGCAAAGCCCAGAAAUCUCUGGAGUUCAUCCCAAUAAACUUGCACACCCAGAGGAUGAGGGUGACGUGCCCCAGAAAAACAGAUGCAUUCUAUGACAUUGUAACUGUCGGUGCCCCUGCAGCCCAUUUCCAGGGCUUCAAGUGUGGAGGUCUGCAGCGUCUCCUCAGCAGAUAUGAAGCAGAGAAAAAGAGCUUCAGCACUGCCUACCAGUGUAUCUACUACUCCCCAGAGCACACAGCCAAAGCUCAGGAGGUACUCAGCACCAUGAGCCUCCUCCAACCUCUCAUCACGAGCUUAGCGGACCAGCUCCUCCAGGCUGCCCAGGAGCACUCUUCCCCUGGACUGAGGGAUGCACUCAAGAACCUUUCUGACAAGACAGAACAAUUUGUUCACACACUUAAGGAUGAAUUGGUCAAAAGUGCGCUCUUGGCACUGCAUGCAGCACGACCCGGAUACGUUUCCAAGAACCAGAAGCAAAACGUGGUGCAAGGAGGCCAACACCAAGGCCACAUCCAACAGGACCAGAACCAGAGCCCAGUCCAGGGACUUCCAGGCCACAGUCCAACCAUGUCGAUCACUGACAACACACCUGUGUGUAAUAACGUGGAAGGAUCUCAGACCAUGACUAGAGGAGAAGGUGGGCCAUUAAAGCACCAAGACUCCAUACCACACCAUAAAGAGUACGACGAGGAGGAAUGGGACAGGGUGUGGGCCAACGUGGCCAAAUGUCUCAACUGUGUAAUCGCCAUGGUGGAUAAACUCCAGGAGGAAGACAACAGCAAGCAGGAGCCGGUCCCCGAGCAGCAGCUCGCUGAUGUCAUCACCUCACACAACCCCGGCGACUGGAGGGAGCAGCUGCGUCCUCUGGUGACCAGGUUAACUGAGUGUGUGAUGGAGGUGGUGGAGAAGGCAAAGAGAGCCAUGACCUUUGUGCUCCUGCAGGAGGCAGCCUGCAGCAUUCCACAGGGCUUCCUCCUCCAACAGAGGCGAGACUUGGUCUUCAGUCAGGCACUGGCAGCCUUAGCCUGUGGUUUUGUCAUGAGGCUGUAUGCAGGAAUGCAGGACCAAGGCUUCCUGAGGCAGCUCCACCUGGUUGGCCUGGUGGCCCAGUUUGAGAGUCUGCUCAGCACCUACAGUGAGGAGAUCGGCAUGCUGGAGGACAUGGAGGUUGGAAUCUCAGACCUGCAGAGAGUCGUGUUCCAGAUUACAGAGGCCAAGACAGACGACCUCAGUGACCUCCAGCCUUUAGUGUGUGGCCGACGAGACCACUUCACUGUAGAAGUGCCAUUACCACGACUGGUUUUCCAGACCUUGCCAGAGGAGAUCAAGGAGGGCAAACCUCUACGAGUAUUCCCGGUGCUGUUUAACGUGGGCAUCAAUGAACAGCAAACUAUAGCAGAGAGGUUUGGCGAUAUCUCUCUACAAGAAAGAAUAAACCAGAGGAACUUUGAGAUGUUAGAAGCCUAUUACAAAUCAUUAAGUGAAAAGGUGCCACUAGAAUGUCUACCGUGUUUUCAGACACAGACUGACAUAAAGGAAUUACUUGAAACCCUGGGCCAGAAUGUAGUUACAAAGAAGAGAAAGAAUGUGGAGAUACUAUGGAUUGCUGGAACGAUCUGCCGAAGGUUAAAUGGCAUCAGGUUUACCAGCUGUAAAAGUGCCAAAGACCGGACAUCCAUGUCUGUCACAUUAGAGCAGUGUGCUCUCCUACGUGAUGAACACCAGCUCAGCAAGGAUUUCUUCAUCCGUGCUCUGGACUGUAUGCGGAGAGAGGGAUGUCGCAUUGAGAAUGUUCAAAAGAAUAUUAGAGCCAGGAAAUAUGCCUUCAACAUGUUGCAGCUGAUGGCCUUUCCCAAGUGCUACCGACCACCGGAGGGGACGUACGGCAAAGUUGACUCUUGAGGCCGUAAGCCAUGUACUGUAAAACAAAAGCUUCAAAUGUAAAAAUGUUUUAUUGUUUGUAACCAAAACAAAAAAGUGCUGGAUUUUAUAUUUUGCUGAUGGUUGUUUAGUUUUUGGUUGCUCUGUUUUCUUUAGAUGUUAUGAUGUGGUUAUGUGUUAUUCCGUUCCCAAGCUGGAUUUGCCAACAUGUUAUGUGUAAAAUUGAUGCACUUUUCAUUGUUGCCUUGUUUAUUUUUCAUGACCUGAGCAGUGAUAAACAGUAACAGUGUAACUGUGGUCACACCAUAGCGUGUGGGUCAUAUCUGUGUGUGGCUGCACAGUACGUUAAUGAUCUGUUUUAAGACUUCAAGCAGUGCAUUUGUAUGACUGAAGAAUACGUAGUAUUAACUUAAAGGUCCAAUACCAGCUUGGUCUGAACUGUUUCAGAGGUGAUGACAUAUAAGAAAGCUCCACCCACUGACUGAUUAUCUUAAAAGCUUUAAACAGUUAUUGGACUUUUGAGUUGAGACUGUUUUUGUUAAAGCAGUGCGUCACACACAAAAUGACCAUUUGUUUAUUAAUAAGUCACGCAGUGUUACCCUGAAUUUGAGAAAUAACUUUUUGUGCAUGCCUUGACAGAAAACGGUGAACAUAUUGAUUUACUGACUGAUUGAGGACCCCGUUUAACAGCAGCAAAACUAUAUUAAAACAUCCGUUUACAAACUCGCACACAACUUGUGCAGUAUAAUCCAAGUCUCAUUUAUCCAGUUGUAUGCUCAGUACUUCCCAAACACAUGCAGGUUCGCUUGAAAAAACAACCUUAUCAGAGUCUGGCUUUGAAGAGAGCAUAGAUAAGUUUCUUAUCUAAGAGUUCAGUUUGAAAUAUUAAGGUUUAAGCGAAAGUGCAAGUGUUUGGAAAGUACUGAGCAUAUGACUAGACAAAUGAGACUUGGAUUAUACUGCACAAGUUGUGUGAGAAUUUGUAAACUGAUGUUUUGAUAUAGUUUUGCUGAUGUUAAAGGUGGUCCACAAUCAUUUAAUAAAUCAAUAUGUUCACUGUUUUCUGUGGAGUCAUGCAAGACAAAGUUUUCUUAAUGAAUUCAAGGUAACACGGCUGACUAACUAAUACACAAAUGGUCAUUUUUUGGGUGAAAUAUUUCUUUAGGUUAAUUGAUAACUCUAAAUUGUCCGUAGGUGUGAAUGUGAGCGUGAAUGGUUGGUUGUUUGGUUAGAAGAUUAAUGAAUAUACUGUUCCCAAGGCCAAGAAUAAACAUCCAUGCCUCAGUGAUUUUUGUGGUAUACAUACUGCUCUCCACAAUGACUUGGAAACAAACUGUUCAUAGCCUCAUUCCAUGUUUGGAUGUACCAAGUUUUCCAUGACGACUGUGCAACAUUCAGAACUGAAAUUGUAUCAUGCUCUACAGCAGUUGUUCCCAACUGGUGAGUCGCAGUGGUUCCCAACUGGUGGGUUGCAGUCCAGAAGUGGGUCUUGGGUCCAUCCUGAACACAAGUGACUCGCAAACAUGUCAAGUUUGCAAACAUCACACUUUAUUUUUAAGUACAGUGAAUUUCCGGUACAGAGCUUUGAUUUUAAAGUGCUGUUUCCUGCUGUAAAGUGAGGAGUAACGCACAGCUUCGUGACAGAGACAGCAUACUAGCUCGACAACAUGGCCAAACACAAGUAUGAUGCUGAAUAUAUUAAACUGUGUGGACCUUGAACUAAUGACUAAGGAGAAAUCUGGACCCUGUGGCAGGACCAGUUGGGAACCACUGCUCUACAGGAUUUCAUCCAUUCCCGCAGUUCUUAAACAACUGAUCUGCAAAUUGUAUAGCAUCACAUAUUCAGGUCUAAACUUGGCCUGUUUUUUAUUUCUUGACUUUUGCAUAUGUAUUUUCAUUCAUGUGUAAUAACAAACCAGUAUUUCAACCUGUUUCCUAACUCAUCCCACUUUGUUAAUGGUUGCACCUGAGCUUUUUCCAUAAUAUUUUUAUAUCUCGAGGUACAGGCCAGCGAAACCACAUGAGGCACAGGAGGAAGUUAGAUCAGGAUGAGGACCAUCGUUUCUAAAUGCUAUGUGUCAAAUUCAAUUAUUUAUUUUUGUAUUUUUAAGUGAUUUUAUAUUCUAAGGGUUGCUGCCUUGGACUUUAAUGCAUGUUUGAAAUGUAUUUGUUGUGUUAUACUGUACAUUGGAUAUUUACAAUUGUCUAUUUGAAAUUAAAUAAAACAAUGAAUUGACGUGGAUAUUUGUGAUUAUCAAAAGUCAAAAGUCUGAUGAAGAGCCUGACGCUCGAAACGUUACUCACCUGAAUAAAUUUCGACUGAGCAUUGGA